UUUUCAACUUUGCUCAGAAUAGAAGUGUUGAUGCUGAAGAUAGCUGCAGAAAAGCCAGUCUUCCUUUUUGUCUUGUGCAGUGUGUUGGGAAUCUUGAGAUUUUUCUUCUGUCACAUGAUAGAUAUGAUGGCCUUCAAGCCAGUGACUACUGUUCUGUCCUCUAGAAACCUUGCAACAGGAAUGUGCUUUCUUUGGCCUUUACAGCACAGGGCACCAAAGAGUUCCUGAGAAAAGAAAAUGCACUGUGUGGAGAAGAAAACCCUUUAUGAGGGAUUUCCAGAGCCAAGAGCUGUGUGAGCACUUCCACAGGAUGAGGCCUGGCUGUCACCAGAAAUGUCAGACAAUUAAAACAAGACAAUGGAUUGGGGAGCUCUGCACACUAUCUUAGGAGGCGUAAAUAAACACUCCACCAGUAUUGGGAAGAUAUGGCUCACUGUGCUGUUCAUCUUCCGUAUCAUGAUCCUUGUAGUGGCUGCAGAGAGAGUCUGGGGAGAUGAACAAGAUGAUUUCGUCUGCAACACGCUGCAACCUGGUUGCAAAAAUGUUUGCUAUGACCAUUUUUUCCCCAUCUCUCACAUCAGACUCUGGGCCCUGCAGCUAAUCUUUGUUUCCACACCUGCACUCCUGGUGGCCAUGCAUGUAGCUUACAGAAGGCAUGAGAAGAAAAGGCAGUUCAGAAAGGGAGAUCGGAAAUGUGAAUAUAAAGACAUUGAAGAAAUCAGAACACAAAAGUUUCAUAUUGAGGGCUCCUUGUGGUGGACAUACACCAGCAGCAUCUUCUUCAGACUGGUCUUUGAAGCAGUCUUCAUGUAUGCGUUUUAUUUCAUGUACGAUGGGUUCCACAUGCCUCGCUUAAUGAAAUGUAAUGCUUGGCCCUGCCCCAACACAGUAGACUGCUUUGUUUCUCGGCCUACUGAAAAGACAGUGUUUACUAUUUUCAUGAUUGCUGUGUCCAGCAUUUGCAUUCUCUUAAAUGUGGCUGAGUUAUGUUACUUGUUGGCAAAAUUCUUCCUCAAAAGGUCUAGAAAGGCUGGAAAUCCAAAACAUCACCCCAGCCAUGAGACUAAAGAAGAAACCAAACAAAAUGAAAUGAAUGAGUUAAUAUCUGAUAGCUGUCAGAACACAGUCACAGGAUUUUCAAGUAGCUAAGGUGAUGUAAAUGUUGGUAUUCGCUCUUUUUGGAGUGAGUGUUUUUGUUUCUAAAGGCUGCAAAUAAUAUUUGUGAUAACAAGCAGUUUAAGUUGGGUAAGACUUUGAUACAAAUUUUCAGGUGCAAAUUACACACCUGUUUGGAAAAAAAGUCAGGGCAGCCUGAACAUGUAAAAGUUACCUAAGGAUUAAUAGAGAAUUGUGUUUUUCUGUGAAUAUCCUUACAAAUUGACUAUGGUAAGUGGGGAAACCCACUAAUAUCUUCACCCUGACAUAGCUCCUGAAAACUGCACAUGCAACAGCAAUAAGAACAAAAUUCUUUCCAAGAUAGACAUUCUAGUAUUACAAGAUUUUUUGUAAUAGUGAUAGUUUUUACUUGUGGACUGACAAUUAAAAUAUUUUUGUAAAAUGUAAGAUUCCAUGUUACUUAAGGUGUUAUAGUAAACAAUUAGUUGUGUCUUAUUUUUAACCAGGUAUAUGCAGCUGUACCAGUAAUGCCAUGUUAAUGGAGAGGAGAUAGCAGUAGGCUGCAUCUAUACAGCUUUGCAAGCACCGCCUGAGUUUGGACAGGUAGCUUCAGCCAUGUGCAUAUACACAGCCUGCCAUGGAGGGAGUCAUGUGAGAGCUUGCCAUAUGUUGUGUGGAUGAUUGAGGAAGCUAGAUCCUGAGGGCAAACUUGAGCCUUAAAACCAGCAUGCCAAUAUGGAUACAGCCAAGGUAGAUCAGCUUUAAAUAUCUAGCAGAUCUGGUAUAAAUAAUCUUACUAAUUCUUUUACUUGCAUACUGCCCAUCUUACAAGAACAUAGGUAAUUUUAUGUAAAUAAUCCACUUAGCAUGUGUUCACUUCUUUAGUGCAUUAACUAUAUUUGUUUCUUUAUACUGUAUCACAUCAUGGAGUGUGUGGUUUUUUUUUUUUUUUGGUGGUAGACUGAUGCUGUGGUAUGAAACUAGGAGCUAUUUGACUUGAAGGACAUGCAAAAAUGUCUACAAAAUCGGAAACGGGCCAGGUCUUCUGAAUAAAAGGCCAACACUUUAACCUUUGCCAAUGGAAUGAAAGUCUGUAUGUGAAUGCUGUAAGAACUUUGUUAGUGGUAAAUAACUGUUCAA